CUGGGCUGAGUCCUAACAGAUACAUCCAACGCUGAGUAUCUGACUCAAUUUUCUCAUAGAUUGACAUAUAGUUUAUUUUUGAGAUUAGGGGUAAAGUAGGUCUGAGUUCGAUCCCUAAAUAUUUAACUUGUUUUGAUAUUAAGAUAUUGUUUGGAAUAGAAAAAUUUAGACCAUCAGAAUAAAGAGGCAUCAAAAUAAUUUUUGAAUGAUUAAUUUUAAAUCCCGAUAGUAUGCCAAAUUCGUCUAUAAUUUUGAGGGCAUUAGGAAGCGAGCUCUGCAAGUCAGAUAGAAAUAAUAAUGUGUCAUCUGCAUAUAAGGAAAUAGAGUGGCUUGAUGCACCUAACCGAAUUGGUGUAAUGAGACUGCACUGUCUAACAUACUGUGCCAGGGGUUCUACUGAUAAGUUGAACAAAAGGGGGAAGUGGACAACCCUGCCUUGUACCUCUAUGAAUAUUAAACCUGCCUGAGAUGAGUCCACCAGUAGAUACCCUGGCCAUAGGAUUAGUGUAUAAAGUUUGUAUCAUUCUAAUGAACUGGUCACCAAAAUUGUACUUCUUUAAAGUGUAUCACAGAUAACCCCAUUCAAGCCGAUCAAAGGCUUUUUCGGAAUUAAUAAAUAGAAGGCAACUAGACGUUUUCAAUUUCCCUGAUUCCGCGAUUACAUGUAACACUCGGUGGACGUUGUCAGAAGCCAGGUGUCAAGGGAUAAAGCCUGAUUGAUCUGGAUCAAGUAGCUUAUGUAUUACUACUUGUAGACCUCUAGCGAUAACUUUAGUAUAAAUUUUGACAUCCUCAUUUAUCAAGGAAAUGGGCCUAUAAUUAGAACAGUCUGAGUGAUCUUUGCCGGGUUUAGGUAGAACAGAGAUUAAAGCUGUGUUGAGGUCUCAGUGAAAGUGGCCUUUGGAUAUGGCCUCAUUUAUAGUACGUAGCCAAAUAUGACCUAAUAAAUCCCAUAGCACCAGGUAUAACUUUAAUAUGUGAUGUGCUACCAAGCUAACUCCCUAAUCUCUUUUACUAGUGUAUUGUUGAUGUGAAGAAGUGUGCCGGUUCAAAGCAGUCCAGCAUUUCUGCUGAAUCAUACAGUAUGUUGUUGCGGGUUCACAUUUCCCCUACCAACAUCAGGAGGGUUGAACUUCCUCAGAGGCCUCAGUCAGUGGACCAAUUGAAGUCUUUCCUUAUUCAGAUGUUACAAAUAGAAAAUGAAAAGUUCUCACUACAAUUUGAAGACCCAGACUUUAACAAUGAACCUUGUAACUUGAAUAAUAUCAAAGAGCUACCAGCAGAGAAGGCAACCUUACGUCUUCUGUGGGAAGCGGUAUCUCCUACACAGCACACUGAAGAUUUCAAUUCAGUGUCUUCUCUUGAUACAGCAAGCCUGUCGAGCAACCUAAGAAACCUAAGAAGUGCUGAACAGUGGCCAUCCACUUUUAACAUACCUACUUUUUCUCUCGAUGUCGAACUCAGGCUGCGUAAAGCCAAUGAGGUUUACCAGGAGACAAAGAAGCCACUGAAUGUCCCAAGAGAUAUGAAGUCUCAGAUUCUGGACAAGAUUGCUCAGGCCAUUUUUGAAAUCAAAGCCUACCCUGAUGCCUAUGAGAUCCAGUCGGUUGCCGCUGCUCUAGUAGAGAAACACCCUUGUCUUACAGAACCUGGCAAACGCACAGGUUGGGAUGGAUGGGUAAUGAGUAUAAAGUUUAAGCUUGGUAAUUAUCGGGCCAAACUAAAGGAAGCUGGUUGUUCUGAAGUUAGUGUUAACCGUAAAAGAAAAUCUUGUGAGGGUAUGACAGAAUGGGCCUACAUGAAAAAGCCUAAAAGAGCAGAGGUAAAUUUUUUGCCUAACCAUCCUGAAGGCCAGACAGAAGAUUCACUUGAAAAGGAGAGACUUGCUAUGAUUGAUGAAAUGAAGAAAAGAAAACUGGACUUGACAGUCAUUCACAGACACAUGAAAGAAACCUUUUCUCUUUGCCGCAAAGAAGUUGUUGAAGUUCAGCCACUAGUAGAAGAGAUUAGAGAGAGAUGGCCUGGACUUUUUGUAAAAGAAGAAAUCUGCAUGGAGUUUUUAAGGAUCUGUAACAUAGACCUCAUAAAAAAGUUCAGCGAGUCACUUGAUAAAUAUACAGCACCUCUCCUGAAACUCUACAGAAAAAGGAGAGAUUCCUUGGGUCCAGAAAUGAAGACACUUUUGGACAAGCUGGAUGAGCAGGACACAGGGUCCUCACGGUGGUUGAAGAUGAUGUUGGCACUCCUGUUUCACUGGCCACUGAGAUAAACCAUGCAUUGUUCUAACCAUGCAUUGCUCUAACCUUUGCUUACUUGUUCGGGCUCUUGUAUGCACUCAAUAUGGAAUACCCAAAAUAACUGAAAUAUACUUUUGAAUUCAUUAAGAAAAUCUUCAUGGAUCUUGGUGGUACCUGCUCUGCAAGAGUCCAGUCACUAAAAUUAAAACUGUUGUAGUUGACGAUUUUGCAGAUGUCACUGAAGCUAUGGCAAAUGGUACAAUGAUUGUUGCUAUUAUACUUUAGUAAUUAAGUAUUUAAAAAAACAUUGUAUCAUUUGAUUCAGAUUUUGUAGCCUUGAUGAAUACUGAAGUUUUGAGUUGAGUUUUUUGUUUUUAUCUGGCUGUACUGGUAAAGACUAACUAUUUUUUCUGAUACACUGUUACAUAUCCUACUUUACCAAGUGCUUCGGUUUAUUCAGAUGCAGUGUUAAUGUAUUCUCAAUGUUUUUGCCAAAAUUUGCCAAAAUAAUACAAAAUGCUAUAUAACGCUUGAACCUUGAACAUUUGAGGUUUACUCUGAUGCUUUUAUUAAUGUCUGUUUUGGCUGUUUCAUGUACUUUGGUAAUCAGUUGAAUAAGAAUACUUUAUACUGUACACUGUUUGACUGGAGUGUGGUUAGAGGUUUUGCUGAAAUGCUUUUAAAUUUGUCUGUUUUGGGUUUUUAGACAAAAUAUUACUUUGUUUUUGGAAGCUCAUCUUUCAUUUUAUGUUGAAACAAACAAUGUUGUAGUUUUCAUACAGUUUACAAAGUUUUCCAAUGAUGUUUGAUAACAUUUGUAGUUUAGUACAAACAUGCAUAAUGCAGAAGACAUGUAUGUCAUAUAAUAUACAUGUAAUGUUGUGUUUUGGACAAACUAUUAAAAAAUGGAGAGGGAGAGAAAUUUGUUGUGGUUUAUUAAAUAUUAAAUAUGAAAAUAAUUAUG